AUGGACGAACAUAGUACGGAGAAGACACAGAAGGACGCACAUUGUGCUGAGACGACAAGUAAUGACGCACAUAGUUCGAGGACGACACAUAAGGAAGCACAUAGUACCGAGAUGACACAUAAGGACGCACAUAACAUUGAGACGAUACAGAAGGACGCACAUAGUACGAGGACGACACAUAAGGACGAACAUAGUACGGAAACGACACAUAAGGACGAACUUAGUAAGGAGACGACACAUAAGGACGCAUAUAAUACCGAGACGACACAUACAAACAAACAUAGUACGGAGACGACACAUAAGGACGCAUAUAGCAUUGAGACGACACAUAAGAACGCACAUUGUGCUGAGACGACAAAUAAUGACGCACAUAGUUCGAGGACGACAGAUAAGGAAGCACAUAGUACCGAGAUGACUCAUAAGGACGCACAUUGUGCUGAGACGACAAAUAAUGACGCAGAUAGUUCGAGGACGACACAUAAGGAAGCACAUAGUACCGAGAUGACACAUAAGGACGCACAUUGUACCGAGAUGACACAGAAGGACGCAUAUAAUACGGAGACGACACAUACGAACAAAUAUAGUACGAAGACGACACAUAAGGAGGAUCAAAGUACCGAGACGACACAUAAGAACGGAUAUAGUACAGAGACGAUACAUAAUGACGGAUAUAGUACGGAGACGACACAAAAGGACGGAUAUAGUACGGAGACGACACAUAAGGACGGAUAUAGUACGAAGAAGACACAUAAGGACGGAUAUAGUACGGAGACGACACAUAGGGAGGAACAUAGUACGGAGACGACACAUAAGGAGGAACAUAGUACGGAGAAGACACAUAAGGAGAGACAUAGAACGGAGACGACACAUAAGGACGGAUAUAGUACGGAGACGACACAUAGGGAGGAACAUAGUACGGAGACGACACAUAAGGAGGAACAUAGUACGGAGAAGACACAUAAGGAGAGACAUAGAACGGAGACGACACAUAAGGACGGAUAUAGUACGGAGACGACACAUAAGGACGGAUAUAGUACGGAGACGACACAUAAGGACGGAUAUAGUACGGAGACGACACAUAAGGACGGAUAUAGUACGGAGACGACACAUAAGGACGGAUAUAGUACGGAGACGACACAUAAGGACGGAUAUAGUACGGAGACGACACAUAAGGACGGAUAUAGUACGGAGACGACACAUAAGGACGGAUAUAGUACGGAGAAGACACAUAAGGACGGAUAUAGUACGGAGACGACACAUAGGGAGGAACAUAGUACGGAGACGACACAUAAGGAGGAACAUAGUACGGAGAAGACACAUAAGGAGAGACAUAGAACGGAGACGACACAUAAGGACGGAUAUAGUACGGAGACGACACACAAGGACGGAUAUAGUACGGAGAAGACACAUAAGGACGGAUAUAGUACGGAGACGACACAUAGGGAGGAACAUAGUACGGAGACGACACAUAAGGAGGAACAUAGUACGGAGAAGACACAUAAGGAGAGACAUAGAACGGAGACGACACAUAAGGACGGACAUAGUACGGAGACGACACAUAAGGACGGAUAUAGUACGGAGACGACACAUAAGGACGGAUAUAGUACGGAGACGGCAUAUAAGGAGGAACAUAUUACAGAGACGACACAUAAGAACGGAUAUAGAAAGGAGACGCCACAUAAGGACGGAUAUAGUACGGAGACGGCGCAUAUGGAAGAACAUAAUACGAAGACGACAUAUAAGGAGGAACAUAUUACGGAGACGACACAUAAGGACGGAUAUAGUACGGAGACGACACAUAAGGACGGAUAUAGUACGGAGACGGCAUAUAAGGAGGAACAUAUUACAGAGACGACACAUAAGAACGGAUAUAGAAAGGAGACGCCACAUAAGGACGGAUAUAGUACGGAGACGGCGCAUAUGGAAGAACAUAAUACGAAGACGACAUAUAAGGAGGAACAUAUUACAGAGACGACACAUAAGGACGGAUAUAGUACGGAGACGACACAUAAGGAGGAACAUAGUACGGAGACGACAUAUAAGGAGGAACAUAGUACGGAGACGACAUAUAAGGAGGAACAUAGUACGGAGACGACAUAUAAGGAGGAACAUAUUACAGAGACGACACAUAAGGACGGUUAUAUUACAGAGACGACACAUAAGGAGGAACAUAGUACGGAGACGACAUAUAAGGAGGAACAUAUUACAGAGACGACACAGAAGAACAGAUAUAGUACGGAGACGACACAUAAGGAGGAAAAUAGUACGGAGACGACACUUAAGGAGAAACAUAGUACGGAUACGACACAUAAGGUCGGAUAUAGUACGGAGACGACACAUAAGGACGGAUAUAGUACGGAGACGACACAUAGGGAGGAACAUAGUACGGAGAUGACACGUAAGGAGGAACAUAUUACGGAGACGACACAUCAGGACGGAUAUAGUACGGAGACGACACAUAAGGAGGAGCAUAGUACGGAACCGACACAUAAGGAGAGACAUAGUUCGGAGACGACACAUAAGGACGGAUAUAGUACGGAUACGACACAUAAGGACGGAUUUAGUACGGAGACGGAAUAUAAGGAGGAACAUAUUACAGAGACGACACAUCAGGACGGAUAUAGUACGGAGACGACACAUAAGGAGGAGCAUAGUACGGAACCGACACAUAAGGAGAGACAUAGUUCGGAGACGACACAUAAGGACGGAUAUAGUACGGAUACGACACAUAAGGACGGAUUUAGUACGGAGACGGAAUAUAAGGAGGAACAUAUUACAGAGACGACACAUAAGGACGGAUAUAGUACGGAGACAACACAUAAGGACGGAUAUAGUACGGAGACGACACAUUAG